AUGGAGGUAACCACCUUAACAGGGGGCCUGUUGAAGAAAGCGGGGGCUGCCAAACUCAAUGCAGAUGAGGCCAAGGCCCAGCUUGCGAAGUUGAAGAAUGAGAAGGCAAGUUGGAAAGCUGCCCAUGUUGAUCUGCAAGCAGUUAAUGUGGAGCUGGAGAGCACACGCCGCCAGGUGGGCGAUCUCCAGAAGGAACUGGAGGGCGAGCGCGCCAAGGCAGUAGAGGAGAAUGAGAGGCUUCAGAAGGAGUUGGAAGCAGAGAGAGUGCAGGUGAUGGCAGAAAAUGAGAGCCUAAAGAAGGAAUUGGAGGCAGAAAAAGCAAAGGCUGCGCCGGAAAGGGCGACCCUGCAGAAAGAACUGGACGAAGAGAGGGCGAAGGCAGCCUCUGAAAGGGCGGCUUAUCCCGAUCUGUGCGUCGUAACAAUGGAGCAAUUCAAAGGGUCUGCCGAAUUUCAGAUGGUGGUUGAUGCCGCGGUCGCGAGCAGCCUGACUAGGCAAGAAUCUGGGAGGGCGGGCCCAUCGAGGAUGACUGCUGGAGGUAGAACUGAAGCAGAAGAAUUACUCAAGACAGAGUGGGAUUGA